AGGGAUUCCUCCUCAUGUUGAUACUCAUUCUGCCUUUGAAGAUGGUAUCAUUUCGCUUAGCCUUGGUGCCAAGGUACAGUAACAUAAGUUCUAUAUUAUGUUUUUAUCACUCCAAAGGCUCUAGAUCCAGACUCGAUAUAGAAUUAUACAAAGCCCCGGCAGGAAACAUGAAAGGUAGCAAAGGCGUGGAGGCGUUAAACACCCUAGAUCUAUACCUACCUUUACAGUAUUGGAGGGACUGCUUGACAGUUUCGUAUAAAUCGGGUAUAAGAUAACAACGGAUGUGCAUUUUUUAGAAUUGUGAUCUACGCGGGAACGAACGUGACUAAUGCCACUAUACGGUAUAGUAGAAAACCUACAUUAAAUGGUAAUUCUGUCAUUCUAUAUUUUCCAGGUCGCUAUGGAUUUCCGUCAUCCGGAUGGACGCCAUGUUUUUAUUUUACUACCAAGACGAAGUGUUCUCAUAAUGACUGAGGAGUGUAGAUAUGCUUGGACUCAUGGGUAAGUGUUAUAAUGUAAUGCCAGCACAAUUUGUGAUUACAGCGGGACCUCUGCUGACACCCUGUACAACGCACACCUGCAUAUACAAUGGACGUGAAGUAAGUUCAGGCCCUGAUUAGUAUAGGUAAUCGUGCGAUGGCGAGUACAAUUAGGAUCACGAGUAUUAUUAAUCCCUAAUUGUACGAGCAACAUCGCAUGAUUACUUGUUUAUUAUUAGCAUGACAAAAUUGGAUACUUCUCAAUGUCAACAUCAUAUUCUCUCGCCAAAGCCCAGUUCUGCCACACUUUCAACCAAAAUUUGGUGCUUUUGUUUGUAUUUUCAUUUAGUUCUUUUGUUCAAGCAAAAUUUGGUGCUUUUGUUCGUAUUUUCAUCUAGUUCCUUCACGGCAAUUUCAUUUCACGCUUGUGUUUAAAAUACCUUUCCGCCAUUUUGUUUGUUUUGGAAAAAUCAUUAAUUGUACUGCAGUACAAUUAAUGAAAUAAUUGUACUCCUCUCGACCAAUCAGCAUCCAGUAAUUUUGUCAUGCUAAUAAUAAGUUCUAUAACAAACCUACUUGCCAUUGCUAUUGACGCGGAUGGCAAGGUAAGCAGUUUUAUCGCGGGGAGUUCGGCGAAAAGCAGGUGAGUUCGAAAAAAACUCACCUGCUCGGAACCAAUCAGAAAGCCGCUUUUAACACAGGUAUGGGAUAAGAGAUUGAACGCACCUUCUCGUAUCUGGGAUUGGACGCACCGAGCGACGCGAAUUCGGGAAACUUCCAGCCACUCGUUAUUAUGCCAUACACAUUGUACGUAAUCUUCGUAUGCUGUUUUGUGACGCUAGCUCUUUAAUUUGCGAUAUAUUCAUCGAUAUUUUGUCAACAUUUUCUCGGCCAAACAAUCACUGGGCUCUUAAUACUUCUUUAUCUACGUCUAGAUUACCUUUAUUACAUUUUUUUCUUUGGUUUUUCUUCAGUUUCAGUAGGUUUAUAGUCACGGAAAAAAGUUCUUUAAAGUUUAGGUAUAUAUAUCGACUGAAUCUUGUCCGCCAUUGUUAUUGACGCGGACGGCAACGUAAGCAGUUUUAUCGGCUGGUGAGUUAAAAAAACUCACCUGCUCGGAACCAACCAGAAAGCCGCUUUUAACACAGACAUGGGAUAAGAAAUUGAACGCACCUCCUCGUAUCCAAUAGCACAGCCGCUAAUAUACGCUAGGUAUGAGAUAAUACUUAAACCUUCUGAACAACGGGCACCUCCAAACAAUGGACGCCAUUCUACAUGAUUACAAAUUUACUAAUGCAUAUGCAAGUAAAAACUUACAGAUAAUCGCGCACUUUACCAGGAGAUAUUCGUAACUAAAUUCUAAUACAUGCACCUUGUAAGUAGCAUGAGUAUGAAACAUAGAUAUCUUAUAUACACCUGAUAGUGCAUCUAAUUAUUCUGCAAUUCAAAAAUUGAAGCCGUGAUUGCAGAUAUUCCCAUGAAAUGAGAAGACUCGUAUGUUUUCUAUUUCUUAAACAGGAAACUUAAACAUUAAGUUAAACCUAUUCCAAAUACAUUUUCAAACCAUUCGAAUGAUGAAAGUUAUUGUUUUUUAAGCUUUUAUUAGCGAGUGGGAAACUCCAAUAUGGCCGCCAUCUAUUCAAAUGGGGGUAACCGCUGGAAUAUUCUUGGCUUCAAUUUUACUAAAAGAGAUGCGCUAUCUAGUGUAUAUAAAUAUCUAUGGCAUGAAACCUUCCACCGCUUCUGAAAUCUUGGCAACAUAUUCUGCUUAAUGUAUCAAAACACUUGGCUAUCACCGUGCGACCUCUUGGCAUUUCUUUUGAAUGUCUACAUAUCUAGCUACGAGGUUGUGAGCAUACACGUAUACGUGCAAACGCAUAAUUUGAAACUGACCUUAACUGAUAAAGGAUCUUCAUUCGACACAUCGAAACGCUUUUAAUCCUUUUCUGACUAACGAGAAUCAGCGUCCGUGGUUUCAAAUUUCUCAUAGCCUAUAUAUAGAGAUUUUUGCCUAUAUAGAGAGAUUGAUAUAGAGAAGUGCCGACGUGAUCGUAUUGCGCAAGCCUUAAUUUGUUUUCUCAAAGUCAACGACCGAAUGCAACGAGCUAGUGAGUGUUGAUCAUAUAUAUCUUAUAUACACUAGAUAGCGCAUCUCUUUUAGUAAAAUUGAAGCCAAGAAUAUUCCAGCGGUUACCCCCAUUUGAAUAGAUGGCGGCCAUGUUGGCGUUUCCCACUCGCUAAUAAACGCUUAAAAAACAACAAUAACUUUCAUCAUUUGAAUAGUUUGACAAUGUAUUUGGAAUAGGUUUAACUACUUAAUGUUUAAGUUCCCUGUUUAAGAAAUGGAAAACACACGAGUCUUCUCAUUUCAUGGGAAUAUCCUGAGUCUGCGAUCACGGCUUCAAUUUUUGAAUUGCAGAAUAAUUAGAUGCACUAUCUAGUGUAUAUAAGAUAUCUAUGGUUUUGACUUUUGUAAAAACAAAUUAACAACAGAGUGAACUGCAAAAAUACAGUACAAAAGCACUUCCCAUGAUUCAUGAACAAAUUUGUCUAUUUUGCAGAUAUACUGAGAUUAUUCUUCCAUUGAAAUACGUGAUAUAGUCUUCAUCACGAGUCACGACGUUUUUAGUACAUCAAUUUUAACUUCACAUCUCUGAAAACGUUGUCUCCAGAAAAGCUAUAUAAAUUCAUAAAAGAGUCAUAUAGGCACGCUUGGAAAUUACAAUUCAUUCAAACAACAAUAAAAACCGAAAUACAGCGAUAAAAUAAAGCAAGCCCAGUUAAAGUCAAACCAAAAGGCGGGAAUACGAAUUCCUGCCGUGAGUAAAUUUGUUCGUACGUCAUCACAUGCAUUGUUUGAUUGAACUUUCUUCUGACUUGUGAGAAAAUUAUUUCGCUUUCUUGAUUCAUUGUCUUAUAUAUAUAUUGCGAAGUGAGUUUUCGCAUAAGAAAAUCCAUUCGUAAAACUCGCUACCUAUAAUAAAUGUUUUUUUUUUCUCACAGAAUAACUCCUCGGAAAUACGAUGUGGUAAACGAAGAUGAAGUAACACCCAACGAUGAAGGUGUGCAUUCCACGACACAGCAUCCUUCUAACCCAUCCAAUGCAGUCACACUUCUUCCACGGAAAGUCAGGUUAUCCUUAACGUUCCGCAAAAUCAGACAUACUCCUUGCGAUUGUAAAUACACUGCGAACUGCGACUCACAAAAUUAUGGCCGUCAGUUGACCAAGGGUGGAGGAGGCGUGGAUAACUCUCUACCGCAGUCAGAAGAAGAUGCUUUGAAUUUAGAAAAGGAACAUGUUCACAAUGUGUAUGAAAGUAUCGCUGAACACUUCAGUGGUACCCGUCACAGCCCUUGGCCUAAAAUUGCUGAAUUCCUGAAAAAACAACCUCCUGGUUCUAUAGUGGCUGACGUGGGCUGUGGGAAUGGUAAAUAUCUUGGUAUUAAUGAUCAGUUGUUGAUGUUUGGAUCAGACCGCAGUCAAAACCUCGCUGCUAUUUGCAGAGAACGUGGAUAUCACGUUAUUGUUUGUGAUAUUUUAUCUUUACCGUACAGGUAAUUCAACUCUACCAUAUUUUAGCCAUCCGUUAGCCCUGCGUGAGAAGCGCAUAUUUAUUGGUAUGUGAGACGAAAGUAAAUAGGUUUGGGCUGUGGAAAAUAUGGCAAUAAUUAUUGUUCUUGCAUCUUGCAACGUUUCAAACGUUAACUCUUUUAAAAAUAUAUAAGGUUCUGUUAUUUCAUUGUAACUGGAUUUAACUAUAUCAUCACUGGAUUUACUGUAAACUAUCCGAGGUUCAUCUAACUGGUUCCUGACCGAUUUUGCAAUUUGUUUAUAUUUCAGAUCCAAUAGCUUUGAUGUGUGUAUAUGUAUCGCUGUCAUUCAUCAUCUUUCUACAGCAGCUCGCCGCCUAGCCGCUAUUAAAGAACUUACUCGGAUUAUCAGACCUGGCGGUCGUAUAUUAAUUUCUGUCUGGGCCUUAGAACAAGACUUUAAGAACGCAGAAAAUAGGAAAAAUCGUGAUCAUUGGGGAAAAUAUGCUCAGACUGACAGUAAGAUGUGUUCCACUGCAAACCAUGUGGAGAAACAAGACUUGGAUCAGUUUCAUGUGUCUUUACCAUCUGAACGGAAAAGCUAUCCUACUAAUUCAAAUAUUGAAACAACUUCUGCAGGUGUCGUUACAUCAGCGAUAAAUAAUGGUGUUGUAAGUAAGCAGGACUUAUGUUCCAAAGUGUCCAAUAGGGUAUAUGAUUUGGAUUGUCAAAACAACAUUUAUUCGGAUACAAAACGUGUAAGCCAUAAUAAUGAAGAUACUGAUACACUCAACACACCAAAAUGUUCCAGAAUGUCGAGCUGCGUCACUGACACAUCAAAAGCAGACUGUACCUCAGAAAUACUUUCUGCUUCUUUGAAUACAUCCAGCAAUGAAAUAGAAACAUCUACCCAGGAGUGCACCGGAAACACUGCUGCUUCCAGAGACGACUCAGUGAAACUGAAAGUGAAUGCAUCCAGAGAUGUGUUUGAGCAGCAAGAUUUAUUAAUCCCGUGGAAUUAUCGUGGACAAAAGAAUUGUACUAAUUCUAGCAAGGAAUUAACUUGUGCUUCAGACAAACACUUGGUGGAUCAAGAUGAGCAGGGAUUAAACUCAGCAGGAAAAGACAAGGUGCCAAAGGUAUAUCAGAGAUUUUACCACGUUUUUAAAGAAAACGAGCUGGCAGAUGAGUGCAGGAAGCUGGAUGAUAUUUCAGUUGUUCGCUGCUAUUAUGACAAGGGGAAUUGGUGUGUUGAACUAGAAAAAGUUACGGGGUUACUGAUUUAGCUGUAUCAGAUUCGUGUCUUUGGCAUUUUGGUUUCAGUCCGAAAAUAACGGUAGAUGACAUAUCAGUUUUGUCAUGCAGACGAACUAUAUACAAAUAUAGCAAACGUACACAAAUACAUUUUAAUCCACAUGCAUGCAUUUUAAGGCCAUGCUACACAUGAACUUCUGUCUCAGAGUCAUGUUAUGUAUUUACAGUAAAAUAAAGAAUUUGACUUAUAUUAAAGAUUUAUAUUAACGUGUUUCGCGCACAAUUAUAGGAUUAGAGCUAUAGAGAUGAUCAGAGAUAGAGUUGUGAUUAAGUCACGAUCAAACAAACAUCUGUUCGUACGCAAAACAUGAAGAUAUCACUUACGCAUAAAGACAUGAAAGAAACUAAAUGAUGAUGGGAAUAUCAGAAAAGUGAAAAGCUAGCUGGUCAUGUCAAAUGAUUUUCUGUUGAUACUGUUUUAACAUAACAUCGCUCUAUGUUUUCUGUCAGAAAUUGCGUUGAAAGUUGAAAAUUCCUCGUGUAACGUGGUCUUUUACAUCUAAAGUCUAAACGAACAAUAUAUACGUUGGAAAAAUGAAAUAAAAGUAAAGCAUUUAUUCAGAAACUUAUUUCAUGAGACGUAGUUGCGUUUGACUAUUAGGGUCAUGCAGGGUGUAUAAAAAAGGCAAUCCAACUUUAGCAUGCGUUAAGUAUCGAGUUCAUACUAAAAUUGUUUAAUAUUGCACUCUUGCCUCAAUGGCCUCGUUUUUACGUUCGCCUGUUGUAGCAUGGCGGGUGCAAAUGAAAACAAGUUCAUUGAUAAGAUCCAGUUUUUAGGUGUAUAUGAUAUCUUUUUGUUUCGAUCCGGUCGCAUUAUCAUGCACACACCUCUGUGCAUGAAACUGUACUUCUAAUUUUUGAAAAUUUGCCCAAGUUCUGGUUGCUUAUUUGGAAAACGUUUGGCAUCGUAAGUUCAGUAUGCAAACUUUCAGUAUCGUAAAAUGUUUUAACCAUCGUUAUUUACCAAGCCUUGAUAAAUAACCCAUACGUUAGGGCAUCUUUAUUCAAAUUCUUAAAUUUGAAUCUGAAAUGAGAAUAAUUUCGAUCCUGACUCUGUAGAGCAGUUUGAGCAGUAUCCGAGGGAGCCAUUUUAUAAGUAACGUAUUAGGAGAACAUGUCAAAGUUGGACUGAUGUUUUUAUACAUCCUUUAUAUUUGUUUUACUUAAAUUUUCCAAUUAUCUCUCUUAAAAUGAGCAAGCAGCCUUUGUUUCUUGGGACACAUUGAAUUGCUUGUUUUUCUUACUCCGUUGAAUUCAAUUCAUUUUCGCUUCUGUUGAGGAGUUUAUGUUUGCUUAUUUGCCUUCGACAUUUUAAUCAAUAUUAUUUAUUCUAUGAAUUUUGCCAAAUUUAAAAACAAAAAACGAAAUUUGUAUGAUCACAACUGCAUCAAGCGGAGAAAACAGGCGGAAACCAUUAGUUUGACUAAUUCUGGAUUUGUGAAAAAAACUCUACUUUUUUUUCUUAGUUAGGAUUUCGAAAACCCUUUACAUAACAGACCAUUAAAAAUAAUGGACAUUAACAUUAUAACAUAAUGGAUAUACCACCCUAUGCCCUAUAAAAAUAUAAUACUAAUAGCUAUCGAGUUCGUCGUCUGUAUGUUUGCCUUUUCUUUUUUGGCGUCUGAGUAGUUUGAUUUGGACCUUCAUUGUUCUUAAAACUUGGAUUGACAAUCGAUAAAAAUCCAGGCCACAUGAAAAGUCCCUUAAACCUGUUCAGAAGUUGUUGGUAUGCUAUCGAAUUGCGAAACUCCUCGUGUGAUGUCUGCUUUGUGUUUGACACGAGCACCAAACGAUCGGCCAAAGGAUUUUGAAGCGAAGUUGUUAUCGAUGCAUUCUGAGAGUUUGAAGACUGUCCAUUCUGAUUCUCUGGUUGGUCGGCUGCCUGAUUAGCAGUAUGGUUGGUGACGUUCAGGUGGUUAGCUUGCGAUUCCAGAUCCUUCCGUAAUGUCAACAUUUUCUUAAAUGCACUUAAUGUGGUGGAGGAUGGAGGAAGUAGCGGGAUAGCCGGUACUUGAGGCAAUCGUAUAUCACUAUUCAUGAUUACUCUCUUAACGUGAAGAUAAGGGUUGUUUCCCAUACCAGUGUUUGAAGCACUACCUGGACUGAAGCUAUUAUUCCUUUCAUUUGAUGCUGGAAUAGGUUCUGAAACAGAGUUUUCAAUUAUUUUAUUCGCCGUUAAACCAACAAGAGUAUUGCCAUUUACGUUUCGCUGUCCGUGUUUGGAUCUCUUAGGAUAGCGUGAUGAUGUUUCAACUUGUUCAAUAUCACCCGAAGACAUAUUUCCAUGCAUAUGACCCUCACCUCCACUCUGAUUUGAUCUUUUCCUUCCUCUCGUUGUCUUAAUUGUGGAUCCACGUUUAUCCCGUUUCCUUUUGGAUGCUCUUCCCAGUGUUUCAUUAGCAUCCAUACCUACUCCAUGCUGUCCUUGAUGGGAAACAGAAUUUGACAAAACAAUAAUAUCAUGAUUUAGACCAUGCCGUGUAUCCGAAAGUACAACACCACCUGUUUUUUCCUUCAGACCUUCCCAUGUUCCCUCAGCAUCAUCUUUACUUUCUUCACCAUUCAAUCUUUUCUCAGCAAUCAAGUCGCUGGCCUUAGUGCUAUCACGUUUUCGUUUACGACUUGUGCGUCGAGCAUUCCCGUUUUGAGAAUCCUUGUCUGUAGCUAUGGAAGCACUUAACUUGCUUAAUGUGUUAGCAUUACCAUUAGAUCCUGUUGAUGUUUUCUCAGUGCGAGAGGACGGACUCAAUUCUGUUGCAUCACUGUGACCAGUGCCAUCGGAAUCACUAAUUACCACUUGCUGAACACCUACAUUAUUGUCUUGCUCAGUCCUUACCUUCUCAGUGAUUUUUCCUCGAGGAUACAAAGAAGUGUUACUUGCAGGUGUGUCUGUUAUGUUAUUUGUUGUACCAUUUGAAACAUCGCUAUCAUUGCUCCUUAUCAUAUUAGCUGACGAAGGUGCUAAUGUAUUGACAACAUGAGCGUUAUGAUUCGGAAUUGUAGUGGUGAGUGUUUUGUUGUUUGUCACUUUUUCAGUAAUUCUGUUGAGCGCUUGGUUGUUGGCAUUAGUGUCUAAGCCAUGUAUCUGACCUGCAAUUGACGGGUUUUUCCCAGUACUGGAAAAUACUCGGCUGCUCACAUUGUCGCUACCAGUUGUACAGUUAGGUGUUUGUGAUGGUGUUUCUGCGAUGGUAGUCACUGACGUCUGUCGGGUAACGGAAGUUGUUACAGCAGUAGCACUUGCGUUUGGUUGAGGGGUCGUUGCUCCUCCUUGCGUGUUAACCUUCUUAAGCACUCCAGAUACGUCAACAUGAAAUGCCUUGAACAGAAAUGUUCUAAUUUGAAAAUGAAAUGAUAUUCAUGUAUAUUUAAAACUAGCUUACUUUUAAAAAUUUAGCAAGACACACAGUG